AUGGUAAGCGCAGACAGACGAAAUACACCAGUGGAUAUUAACAUGUCUCAACCGAGAGAUAGGUCAUGGGUUGGCCACCUCUCGGUUUACGCCACUCUGAGUUGGGCAUGGAAAACAGCACUCUCUUCGGCAAACGAUGGUUCGGCAUACGUAACACAUGUCCCAACCAACGCAGCUUCUGGUGCUGGACACAUUCUUCAAUGGAAGUACCCGUUACACAACCGAAAACACGCUUUCUAA